AUGAGCAACACUAAUCAAGAUUCAUACAAGGGGAAGGAGAAAGUGAAUGAAGAAUCAGUAACCGAUUCGCAAAAGAUGGAGAAUCAGAACAAGCGAAAGACGAUGGCGCUGGAAGCUGAAACUAAGAAUUCAAAGAGUCCUAGAAACAAUGCUGGUGUAGAUGAAUCAACAAGUUCAUCCAAGGAAUUUUCUCCAUUCCUUCUCUUCGGAUUUAUUAUUGAUCCGAGUAAGAAAUAUCAAAAAGCUUAUUCGUGCGACUUUUGUCGCAGGAAAUUUGUUUCUCCACAAGCAUUAAGCCGAAACAAAAACUGCAAGGAGUGUGAGGAUUCGCGGAAAAAAAUUAUCGAAGCUUUGAACAAACCUCGGUAUAAUUUAUCUUAUGGCGUACAAGGAAUACGUCUAAGCAAGAUUGUUCCAUACCCUGGUGGGUGCGGAUAUAUAUAUGGUGGAAAUGAUGCUGGGGAAUUGCUGGGACCAGUGCUGGAUAAUCUACAGAUUGAUCAACACAAUGUGAAUCAACAGGGGAUUGACUUGAACAUUGAUUUGGUUUCAGAGGAAGCAUCCAAGAAGAACAUUGAUUUGAACAUCAUGCCUUGA